UAGGCGGGCACUCGUUCCUUUUGAGCUUCGUCACCUUGGCCGGUCGUAGGGAAAUCAGACAAGCGUACAACAUACAGUCAGACUGCAAACGAUAGAAAAUGGCGCCCGUUGAAGUCAAGUACACGAAGAUCUUCAUCAACAAUGAGUUCGUCAAUUCCGUGAGCGGAAAGACCUUUCCGACUCUCAAUCCGGCCACGAGCAAGAAGACGUGCGAUGUUCAAGAAGGAGAUAAGGCCGAUGCUGACAAGGCGGUCCGCGCUGCCCAGGAUGCCUUCAAGCUGGGUUCAGCAUGGCGACGCAUGGACGCAACUGGUCGGGCACGUCUCCUCAACAAACUGGCGGACCUCAUCGAGAGAGACCGGGAGUAUCUCGUGAACCUUGAGACCAUGGACAAUGGUAUGACAGUCAUGAAUGCCACGGGCUCUGUCAUGGGCUGCGCUAAAUUCUUGCGGUACGGGGCUGGCUACGCAGACAAACUUCACGGGAAGGUCGUUCCCCUAGACGGGGAUUACUUCUGCUAUUCGCGCUACGAGCCAAUCGGCGUGGUGGCAGCCAUUAUUCCCUGGAAUUUCCCUUGCUUAUUGACCGGAGCCAAGCUCUCCUGCGCGCUGACCGUGGGCAACACGCUAGUCAUCAAGCCGGCAGAGCAGAGUCCACUCACCGCUCUCUACAUUGCUUCACUCGCCAAGGAGGCUGGUUUCCCUCCCGGUGUUAUCAACGUUGUGCCUGGUUACGGACCCACAGCUGGCGCAGCCCUGACAGGCAGUAUGGAUGUUGACAUGGUAACCUUCACCGGCUCAACUGAGGUUGGGCGCAUCAUUCAGAGAGCUGGAGCCGACAGUAACCUGAAGAAAAUCCAUCUGGAGCUGGGUGGGAAGAGUCCAAAUGUUGUCUUCGCUGACUGUGACCUUGACUACGCUGUGGAGAUGAGCCACUGGGGCGUCUUUCUUAACUCCGGCCAGGUCUGCUGUGCCGGCACCAGGACCUUCGUACAGGAGGACAUCUACGAUGAAUUUGUCCGGAAGAGCAAGGAGAGGGCCGAGAAACGCGUCGUCGGUGACCCGUACGAUGUCAAGACGGAAGGCGGACCCCAGAUCGACCAAGAUCAACUGGACAAGAUCUUGGAGCUGAUCGAGAGCGGCAAGAAGGAAGGCGCCAAACUCAUGUGCGGAGGUCAACGCAAGGGAGACUGUGGCUACUUCGUGGAGAGCACCGUCUUCUCCGACGUCACAGAUGACAUGCGCAUUGCCAAGGAAGAGAUUUUUGGGCCGGUCCAGCAGAUUCUGAAAUUCAAAACCAUCGAGGAAGUGGUCGAGCGUGCCAAUGCUACGACGUACGGCCUGGCUGGUGCCGUGUUCACGAAGGACAUUGACAAGGCGUUGACUGUAGCCAACACCAUAAGGGCCGGUCUUAUCUGGGUUAACAACUACGGUCUCUUCAGUCCCAUGAUUCCUUUCGGUGGAUACAAAAUGUCCGGCGUUGGCAGGGAGGGGGGUGAGGACGGGUUCAAGGAAUACUGUGAAGUCAAGACUGUUGUCAUCAAAGUUCCACAGAAGAACUCUUAGAUGGUGUACGUAUUAACCGCAUCGGAGACAGACAGAGAGAAAGGCAUGUUCAUGUUCAUCAACCUUCGGUGACCUUUCACACUGACGAGAGCAUUGAUCAAGUGGUUUCAGUUCAACCGAUUUAAAAGAAUCAUGAUCAGGACGCUUGUUCAAGCAACGUUCCUAAUCCAUGUUUUAUUUUUUCAAUAAAAUUAAAAUUAUAUGUUGUAUUGUGUUUCUUUAAGAAGCCCGAUCGUAAUAUGUUGAGGCCUCGUAGCUGUAUGACAAUAAAAAGGGGAAUCAUACUUGUAUGAUUAGCAUAAUAGCAUAAUUAGCAUAAUAGCAUAAUUGUAAUAAUAACAACGAAAUCAGAUCAAAUGCAUAGAUGAAAUGCAAUUUGUCAAAACUCCAUUUUAAAACAGUUUGUUUCCAAAAGUUGUUUCUAAUAACAAGACACAAUUGGUUUUUUCUAUAAACACUGAGAGUAUAGUCAUCUGUCGGUCGGUCAGUCGGUCGGUCGGUCGGUCGGUCAGUCAGUGGGAAAGAUAGGUAAAAGAGGACUCUAAAUGCUUGCCCGCUGGAAAGAGGAAAAUGUACAGAGAACUGGUCCAAAUUUUGGAAGUGUAUUAAAUUUUAUAUAGGAACCUUCUUUUUGUUUUGUAACUGCACGUCCAAUUAUAUUUUCAGUCGAUAGAAAAGAUUUUUUGGCAAGGAUUUUCCUUUCCCCCAAUCAGUAUGGUAAGGGGCUUAAAGUGACCAUCUGUGAUUUUGUGAAACACGGAACGACGGCAUCCGUACUUUCCUAUUAGAGAUGUCUUUCCUUGAUGCUAAAUCUAGGAAACUCGAUAAUUUUUCACGGAAACGCGGAAUCGCAGUUGGCCACCUAAUGCUUCCGUAACAUAGGCUGCGAGUGGAAUUGAAUACUAUUUUUGUAAUUUACUGCAAACUUGUUUUAAUUUGUUGAAGUUGUUGAUUUAAGAAGAUCACGUUGUGGUGUUGAUGUUUCUCACGUCACAUCCCGCUUGAGUGCAGUGCAAAGAAGUCUUUUAUUCAGUGCAGUUUUAUAUUUGAACCAAAGAAGUAUAAUUAAGACAUAUAUAAAUGCAUAUCUGAGAAUAAUAAAAUAAUACAUGUAUAUCCGUUAUAAAACACCAAGUCGUUAAUAAAAAUCAAAACGAA